AUGGACUUGUUGUCCGGGACGUAUAUAUUUGCGGUCCUGUUAGCAUGCGUCGUGUUUCAGUCUGGCGCCCAGGAGAAGAACUACACCGUCCGAGAAGAAAUGCCAGAAAACGUCCUGAUAGGCGACUUGCUGAAAGACCUCAACUUGUCGCUAAUACCAGACAAGUCCUUAACAUCUCCUAUGCAGUUCAAGUUAGUGUACAAGACUGGGGAUGUGCCACUGAUUCGAAUCGAAGAGGGUACUGGUGAGAUCUUCACUACUGGAGCUCGCAUUGAUCGUGAGAAAUUAUGUGCCGGUAUCUUGGUGGAGGCUCGAUGCUUUUAUGAAGUGGAGGUUGCCGUUUUGCCGGAUGAAAUAUUUAGACUGGUUAAGAUACGUUUUCUGAUAGAAGACAUAAAUGAUAAUGCACCAUUAUUCCCAGCAACGGUUAUCAACAUAUCAAUUCCAGAGAACUCGGCUAUAAACUCUCGAUAUGCUCUCCCAGCGGCCAUUGAUCCUGACAUAGGAAUAAACGGAGUUCAAAACUACCAACUAAUUAAGGGUCAAAGUAUUUUUGGGCUCGAUGUCAUUGAAACCCCAGAAGGAGACAAGAUGCCGCAACUGAUUGUUCAAAAAGAAUUAGAUAGAGAAGAGAAGGAUACAUAUGUAAUGAAAGUAAAGGUUGAAGAUGGUGGUUUUCCUCAAAGAUCCAGUACCGCUAUUCUGCAAGUAAGUGUUGCUGAUACAAAUGACAACCGCCCAGUCUUCAAGGAGAAUGAAAUUGAAGUCAGUAUACCAGAAAAUGCUCCUGUAGGUACUUCAGUGACACAGCUCCACGCCACAGAUGCUGACAUAGGUGAAAAUGCCAAGAUUCAGUUCUAUUUCAGCAAUCUAGUGUCCAACAUCGCCAAGAGGCUAUUUCACCUCAACACCACCACUGGACUUAUCACAAUCAAAGAACCCCUGGAUAGGGAGGAAUCACCAAACCACAAGUUACUGGUUUUAGCAAGUGAUGGUGGAUUGAUGCCAGCGAGAGCAAUGGUGCUAGUAAAUGUUACAGAUAUCAAUGAUAACGUUCCAUCAAUUGACAUAAGAUACAUCAUCAAUCCAAUCAAUGGCACCGUGGUUCUUUCAGAAAAUGCUCCACUCAACACCAAAAUUGCUCUCAUAACUGUGACAGAUAAGGAUGCUGACCAUAAUGGUAGAGUGACAUGCUUUACAGAUCAUGAAGUCCCUUUCAGAUUAAGGCCAGUAUUUAGUAAUCAGUUCCUCCUAGAGACUGCUGCAUAUCUUGACUAUGAGUCCACAAGAGAAUAUGCCAUUAAAUUACUGGCUGCAGAUGCUGGCAAACCUCCUUUGAAUCAAUCAUCCAUGCUCCUCGUCAAAGUAAAGGAUGAAAAUGACAAUGCUCCAGUUUUCACCCAGCCUUUCAUAAGUCUUUCUGUUCCUGAGAAUAACUCUCCUGGCACCCAGCUGACAAAAAUAAGUGCAACGGAUGCAGACAGUGGGCGUAAUGCUGAGAUCAGUUACCUGCUAGGCAUUGAUGCUCCAUCUGAAUUUAAUCUGGAUCGUCGUACAGGCAUUCUGACUGCAGUGAAGAAACUGGAUAGAGAAAAACAGGAAAAAUAUUCCUUCACAGUUCUGGCAAAAGAUAAUGGGAUUCCACCCUUAACGACCAAUGCCACAGUCUUAGUGACUGUUCUUGAUCAGAAUGACAACAGUCCAAUUUUCACUCACAAUGAGUACAACUUCUAUGUCCCAGAAAACCUUCCAAGACAUGGCACAGUAGGACUAAUCACUGUAACUGAUCCUGAUUAUGGAGAAAAUUCUGCAGUUACUCUCUCCAUUUUAGAUGUGAAUGAUGACUUCACCAUUGAUCCACAGACUGGUGUCAUCCAACCAAAUAUUUCAUUUGAUAGAGAAAAACAAGAAUCUUAUACUUUCUAUGUAAAGGCUGAGGAUGGUGGUAGGGUAUCACGCUCUUCAACUGCCAAAGUGACCAUAAAUGUGGUUGAUGUCAAUGACAACAAACCGGUUUUUGUUGUUCCUUCUUCCAACUACUCCUAUGAAUUAGUUCUACCAUCCACUAAUCCAGGCACAGUGGUCUUCACGGUGGUUGCUGUUGACAACGACACUGGAAUGAAUGCAGAACUCCGUUACAGCAUUGUAGGAGGAAACACAAAAGGUCUGUUUAUAAUCGACCAAACAACAGGCAACAUUACACUGAAGGAGAAAUGUGUUGUUUCAGACCUUGGUUUACACAGACUGGUAGUCAAAGCUAAGGACUUAGGCCAACCCGAUUCUCUCUUCAGUGCUGUGAUUGUUAAUCUAUUCGUGAAUGAGUCAGUGACCAAUGCUACCCUGAUACAUGAACUGGUACGCAAAAACAUUGAAACACCAGUAACCCAAAAUAUUGAGACAGCUGAUGCAUCCUCACCAACCAGUGACUAUGUCAAGAUCAUGGUUGCCAUUGUUGCUGGCACUAUAACUGUCAUUCUUGUUAUUUUCAUCACUGCUGUAGUAAGAUGCCGCCAAUCACCACACCUUAAGGCUGCUCAGAAAAACAAACAGAAUUCUGAAUGGGUUACUCCAAACCCAGAAAACAGGCAGAUGAUAAUGAUGAAGAAAAAGAAGAAGAAGAAGAAGAAGCAUGCCCCUAAGAACUUGCUGCUUAACUUUGUCACUAUUGAAGAAACUAAGGCAGAUGAUGCUGACAACGAUGGAAACAGUGUCACACUAGACCUUCCCAUUGAGCUGGAAGAGCAAACGAUGGGCAAGUACAACUGGGGCACUGCACCUACUACUUUCAAGCCUGACAGCCCUGAUUUGGCCCGGCACUACAAAUCUGCCUCCCCACAGCCUGCCUUUCAGAUCCAGCCGGAAACUCCUCUGAAUUCGAAGCACCACAUCAUCCAGGAACUGCCUCUUGAUAACACCUUCGUGGCCUGUGACUCCAUCUCCAAGUGCUCCUCCAGCAGUUCUGAUCCCUACAGUGUUUCUGAGUGCAGCUAUCCAGUGACAACUUUCAAGACCCCUGUGUCUGUACACACCAGACCGCCAGUGAAGGAGGUUGUACGUUCUCGCACCCCUAUGAAAGAGGCAACAACUGUGGAGAUCUGGACUCAUCCCCAACCACAGCGGAAAUCCGAGGGAAAAAAGUCAGGAAAGUCCCAGCGGCGUGUCACAUUUCACCUACCAGAAGGCUCUCAGGAAAGCAGCAGUGAUGGUGGACUGGGAGACCAUGAUGGGGGCAGCCUUCCCAGCACAUCCCAUGCCCUGCCCCUUGGCUAUCCCCAGGAGGAAUACUUUGAUCAUGCUGCACCCAACAACCGCACUGAAGGAGAUGGCAACUCUGAUCCUGAAUCUACUUUCAUUCCUGGACUAAAGAAAGCUGCAGAAAUAACUGUUCAACCGACUGUGGAAGAGGCCUCGGACAACUGCACUCAAGAAUGUCUCAUCUUGGGCCAUUCCGAUGCCUGCUGGAUGCCGGCUUCUCUGACCCAUUCCAGCCCUUCACAGGUACAGGCCUCUGCUCUAUGCCACAGCUCACCCCUGACGCAGACCUCUGCUCGCCACCACAGCCCUCCAGUGACACAGACCAUUGCUCUCUGCCACAGUCCUCCGGUGACCCAGGCUAUCGCCCUGUGCCACAGCCCUCCACCAGCACAGGCCUCUGCUCUCCACCACAGUUCGCCUCUAGCGCAGGCUGCUGCCCUCCAUCGCAGCCCUGCACGGCCACCAAUGGGUCUGCAGCAAGGUUGGGGGCAAGGUGCUGGACCUGAUGGACUACUUUCUCUUGAUCAAGGAGUGCAAAGUAGUACAAGAUCUCAGUUUUACACCAUGUCUGAAAGACUUCAUCCUAGUGACGAUUCAAUUAAAGUCAUUCCCUUGACAACUUUCACCCCAGGGCAACAAGGCAAAUCCUCCAGGGGUGAUUCUCCUAUUAUGGAAGAACAUCCCUUGUAA